AAGGGACAACCAGGAACUCCCGCUCAGUCUCCACCCCAAGUGGGGCGGAUCCGCCCAGGAUAAGACGCGCAGUUCGGGCCCGACCAGGGUGUGAUCUCAGCCGCCGCAGAGGACUAGCGCAGCCCGGCCUCUGCGAGAGGGGAACAUCUGUUUGGGUGACUGAACUCUAAUCUUGACAGAGUCACGGCUAUGGCAAGCAAAGGAGGUACUGUCAAAGCUGCCUCGGGAUUCAGUGCUGCCGAAGAUGCCCAGAGCCUGAGGAAAGCCAUGAAAGGGCUCGGCACCGAUGAAGACGCCAUUAUUAGAGUCCUUGCCUACCGCAACACUGCCCAGCGCCAGGAAAUCAGGACAGCCUACAAGACCACCAUUGGCAGGGACCUGAUAGAUGACUUGAAGUCAGAACUGAGUGGCAACUUCGAACAGACAGUAGUGGCAAUGAUGACACCCACUGUGCUGUAUGAUGUGCAGGAGCUGCGGAGGGCCAUGAAGGGAGCCGGCACAGACGAGGGCUGCCUGAUUGAGAUCCUGGCCUCCCGGACCCCUGAGGAGAUCCGACGUAUAAACCAGACCUACCAGCAGCACUAUGGACGGAGCCUUGAAGAUGACAUUUGCUCUGACACGUCAUUCAUGUUCCAACGAGUGCUGGUGUCUCUGUCGGCUGGAGGUAGGGAUGAAGGAAAUUUUCUGGAUGAUGCUCUCAUGAAGCAGGAUGCCCAGGACCUGUAUGAGGCUGGAGAGAAAAAAUGGGGGACAGAUGAGGUGAAAUUUUUAACUAUUCUCUGUUCCCGGAAUCGAAAUCAUCUGUUGCAUGUGUUCGAUGAAUACAAAAGGAUAUCGCAGAAGGAUAUUGAACAGAGUAUUAAAUCUGAAACAUCUGGUAGCUUUGAAGAUACUCUGCUGGCUAUAGUUAAGUGUAUGAGGAACAAAUCUGCAUAUUUUGCUGAAAGGCUUUAUAAAUCGAUGAAGGGCUUGGGCACAGAUGACAACACCCUCAUUAGAGUGAUGGUAUCUCGAGCAGAGAUUGACAUGAUGGAUAUACGGGAGCACUUCAAGAGGCUCUAUGGAAAGUCUCUGUACUCUUUCAUCAAGGGGGACACAUCGGGAGACUACAGGAAGGUUCUGCUCAUUCUCUGUGGAGGAGAUGAUUAAAAUAAAAUCUCAAAAGAAUAGGAGGAUUCACAACACUUUAAAUUUUUUUAACUUUAUUUUUCUACACUGUUAUUAGAGUUAUCUCAAAAUGCUUAUUUCCAAUUAAAACGCCUACAGUUGCCUCCUAGGAGAUACACUGUAUUAUUAUUCAUCGAUAAUUAGUCAUUAUUAUGCUUUAAAGUCAUACUUGCAUUUCGAAGCUCGUAAGACCUAAAUGGAGAUUUAAAAUGAGAAAUAAAAAUGUACUUCAUGUUUUCUAACAGA